UGCAUACCACGUGGUUUAAACUAGCCAACCACACGGGACUUAGCUUUGCUGCUCCAAGUUAAUCGAGCUUCAACUCCAACCGAAUGACAAAGAGAUACGCGAGUAAAAAAAUCUCAAAACAAUAAGCGAAUGAAGCUAAUUUAUCUCCUAUCGAAUAACAUUCAGUUUCGUUUAUGAGGAAGACCAUGAGAACUCGCUCAAGCUCACCUCCGAUUCACGUGCACGUCAGUGAAACCACGCCAGUCCAUGUGCACGUGAAGAGCCAAAGGAAGAGUCCUGCCAGGAGACCUCAGGGAACAGUGAAGGAUGACAGAGUGAGUCUUCACCCCACUGUUAACGUCAAAACCAGAGUACCUUGGAUCCCACCAGGAAAGACAUCCACAAAGAGAACGUCAUAUAAAUGGGAGGGGCCAACGCAUUGCCUGGAGAUCACACCACCAGUCGCGGAAAUCGAACCCGAACCCGGCCAACCUGUGCUGCGUGUGGCCGACCUCACUUCAGAGAAAGAAGAAGACCUAAAAGGACGGAUCAGCCAGUACGAGAGAAGGAUUGACAGCUUACUGACUGAAAUCAGCUCUCUGAAAAAUGAGGUGGAGCUGCAGAAGAAGGAUCACCUGCUGGAGCGUCAGACUGAGCGGCUCAACGUCUCCCAGCGCGUGAUCGCCGAGCAGGAGGAGGAGCUUGCUGAAGUGGCCGAGCAGCUGGAGGAGACGGAAAAGGAGAACACACGACUGCGCCAAUCCAUGGAGAAGAUGCUGGAGGAGACCGAGCAGAACUGGGAGAGUCUGCCUCAGGACAAACGCGUUCUUCUCAGGAAACUGAGGGAAGCGGAGCUCAACGGAGCUGCAGCAGCAGAGCAGGUGUCAGAGCUGCGAGAAUCGCUCUUCAAACUGGGCUCUGGCGGGAGAGAACUGUCUGGUUCUGCGUCCUCAACACUGGUCCACCAGAAGGAAUUGCUGCUGCAGAAACUGAAGAUAUUUGAGGCAACAAGCCGAACGCUGCGCCUCCUUCUUAGAGAGCAGUGGGAGUCCCAGCAGACGGAUUCAAUCCAGCAGUGGCAGCAGAGAAAAGCCUUCCUCAAGAAGCUGGAGGACACGGAAUCACAAAACACUCUUCUUGUGGAAAAACUCCAAGAGAAAGACGAGGAAGUUCAUCAGCUCAAGAAACUUCUGGAGGAUGUAAAGGAAAACGCCAAGAGCUCCACUGAUUUGACCAAAAGUUUGGAGUCAACAAGAGCUCAACUGCAAAGACUGUUACGCAGCAAAGAGGCUGAAAACAACCGUCUUACCGUCCAGAUAAAGAACCUGGAGCGGGCAGCACUCCAGCAGAAGGUAGAGAUGGAGCGGCUGACGGAGCAGCUGGCAGAGCUGAAGCAGCAAUCCGGCGCCGACCGCGAGGCCCUGAAACGAGCGACACGAGCCCAGAAACAGCGAGCUGAGCACAGCGAGGCCACCGCGGGGCAGCUGAGCGUCCAGCUGCUGGACAUGGAGAAGCAGGUUGAGGAGGCCUUAUUAGCAGCUGAGAGCUGGCAGAGCCGGCAUGCAGAGGAAGCAAAAGAGAAGAGGAAACUUGAAGUUGAACUCUCUCUGCUGAACAGCCGUCUAACAGAGCUGACGGAGCAGCUGCAGAGUACGGAGGACAAAAGCAGGGCGGAGAGAGAGGCGCUCCUGGAUCGCAUGCAUCAAAUGACCACGGAGAGCACCGCCGUCAAACUGGAGAACCAGGCUCUCAAGGACACAGCGUCUGCAGUGGAGGACAGGCUGGCCCAGUCUCAGUCAGAGCUUCAGCAGGUUAAAGCCUCCAUCAAACAGUAUGAAAGUCUGCUGGACAGCUACAAGCUGCAGGUCGUGAAGACCCGGGCGGAGGCCGAUGAGUAUCGUGCUAAGCUAGCUCAGGCAGAACAGGGAGCCCAGGCAGUGAGGAGGGAGCUGCAGCAGGAGAUCGAGCACGUGCGCAGGGAGCUCCUGGGCCAGUUGGAAGAGCUGGAGCCUCUUCCAGACGCCCUUAAACGCUCCCAGCAGCAGCUGCAGGAGGCCCAGGACAGAGCACACGCCCAGGAGAGACAGAACAUGGAGCUCAUCACCACCCUGACAGAUCUGAGGUUGAAGAUGGAGACUAAAAGCAGCCAAGUGGAGCAUUUCAGACAGAAGAACCAGGUUCUCCUGGAGGAGAACAGGAAGCUUCAGCAGCAAGUGGAAACUUUGGAGAGAAGGAUGGAUGAGACUGCCACUCAAAACAGUGACCUGAUAGCAGUCGUCGCCAAACGCGAACAGACACUUCACAGCAGUCAGCUCUGUCUGGAGGAAAAAACAAGAGAGUGUUCCCUGCUGAGCCGUAAACUGGAAGAGUCUGUGGAUGACGCUCGGCAGCAGAUUGCAGAGACUAGAGAGCGUUCCACCACCAAAGAACGCUCCAUGCAGAACAAGAUCCUGGAGCUGGAGACCCAGCUCAGCAGGAUAACCUCUGAAAUCACUCAGCUCAGACGCAGCAAAGAGGAGGCAGAAAGGCGGUACCAGAGCCGACUGCAGGACAUGAAGGAUCGCCUGGAGCAGUCCAAUGGAACCAACAGAAGCCUUCAGAACUAUGUGCAGUUUCUCAAGGCGUCGUACACUAAUGUAUUUGGGGAUCCACUUCUCUCUAGCACUCUGCGAGCUCCAUCACCUUUAUGAUUCCCCUCCUGUGAAUAAAGCACACUUUGAAACGUGAGCAGGUUUUUGACCGUUAGUACGUAAAUGAAGAAAAUCUGGAUCUGAA